AUGGAUCAAUCAAAGGCUGUAUUGCCUUUUACUUUCACUGGAAAAUAUGAACAAAACCCAACUGAUGUCUCCUCCUACUUAUCUUCUGUUAGAAUAGAAAGCGACUAUGGUACUCAAGUCCAUUUCGUUAAAUCAAAUAUCCACAAUAAUAAUCACCUUCUUGAUAAGAAAUCCCCCAAAGCUAAUCUCAUUUCUAAUGAUAAUGACUCCACUCUAGAUGAUAACUUGAAAAAGGGUAUUAACAAUUACCUCCAAAAAAAAUCACAAGAUAACUCUUUAACGCUACUCAUUACUUCCUCCAAUUAUAAACAAUGGAAAACCAAGAUCUUGAAGAAAUUCCAAAACGAUAAAGCACAACUAAACUUUUGUCUAGAAAACCAUCAAUCCAACGACCAGCUCGAUACUGAAAUCGAUAUACCCACUAACUUUACCCAAUGGAGAUCCUUUCUUAUCACCACUAUUCCAACACCAUAUAUAAUCUCUAUUUUAUCAUUCACUGAAUUCAUCACUCUAAUUACUUACUAUAAAAAAUUUAUAUCCAAAAAAAAUAAAGGUCACUUGAACAACUGGCUUAUAUCAAUUCUUUUGAGAUUACCUGAAAUUUUAACUUAUAAUGACUUGAACGAACUAAGGGAGUUGGGUAAGAAAAUUAAAUUCCUUCGUCUAAAAAGCUUCUCAUCCCCUGAAGAUUUUGACACUGACACAUUAAUGACUUAUGAUAUGUCUUUAGCUAUAAUCUCUGAUCUUUAUGGUCAAAAAGAUUUAUUAAAUGACUAA